AUGUCUGCCAAGUCCAUCUUCGAGGCCGACGGCAAGGCCAUCCUCAACUACCACCUGACGCGCGCCAAGGUCAUCAAGCCCUCGCCGCUGCCCGCCUCCACGACGCACAACCCGCCGCCGAGAUUGGCAUCGCUGCACUUCCCGGAGGAUGCCACUGUCGAGUCCGUCCUGGACCAGGCCGAGGUCACCUACCCGUGGCUGCUGCAGGCCGGCGCAAAGUUCGUCGCAAAGCCCGAUCAGCUCAUCAAGAGACGGGGGAAGAGCGGUCUGCUGUGCCUGAACAAGUCCUGGGCCGAGGCCAAGGCCUGGGUCGCUGAGCGUGCUGGCAAAGUCCAGAAGGUCGAGAGCACCGAGGGUGUCCUGCGGCACUUCCUGGUUGAGCCGUUUGUCCCGCACAAGCAGAACGAGGAGUACUACAUCAACAUCAACUCCGUCCGUGAUGUGAGUGCUCAAUCCCCUCUCAUUGCCCCUUUCUUGCGGUUGCUGUGUUUUCAGCGUUUCAUGCGUUGCUUUUUUCCGCGCCACAAAACACGUCUACCAGAAAGUCAUGCCCCGUCUUCAUCCACUGAGGUUCGAUCGGUUGCGGUGAGAUGA